AUGCGAAACCCGAGCUGGCGACAAGAAAUUAGUGUAAAGAAGACUGAGAUCGAGGCCCAAGAUCGCAGAGUCGGACACGAUCCCCCACCUCGUAACCCUACGAACUGGUGCAUUGUCCACCAUAAAGGGCACCCAUUAAGCAAAUGUAGAGCCUUCCAAGCCAUGCCACUCGAUGAAAGAACCACAAUACUAAGAAAGAACAGAGUAUGCUUUCGCUGUAUUGCAUCGUGCGAUCACCUCGCGAAGGACUGCAAGGCCAAGGUCAUGUGCACCGAAUGUGGAAGCAACAAACACCUCGCCGCACUACACGUUGACGGUGAGCAAAGGCACGGCGGGGAGCAGGUAGCAAAUAAAGACCAAUCCGAUGAUGGCGCUAACCCUCGACAAAACCAGCACGCGGGAGAGAUUACAAACAAAUGCACCGAAAUAUGCGGGAAUUCCCUCGGUGGGAAAUCAUGCUCAAAAAUCUGCCUAGCCAACAUAUACGUCACCGGACAUCCAGAAACCAAAGUGAAGGCGUACGUGGUAAUCGAUGAUCAGAGUAACAGUUCUCUAGCAAAAUCCGAACUGCUCGAUCGCCUAAACGUUCACGGUCAAGCAACCUCGUAUUCGCUUAGAACAUGCGCCGGAACAACUCAGAUUCGAGGAAGAUGCAGCAAAAAUCUCGUCGUAGAGUCUGUGGACGGUAAUAAAAGUCAUCAGCUGUCGAACGUAAUCGAAUGUAACGCGAUCCCUGAUUCUAAAGAAGAGAUACCUUCGCCAGAGGUAGCCCGAGCUCACCCACACCUACGCGAAAUUGUUGACAAAAUACCAGAGAUCCGUGGCGACGUAGACAUCCUACUGCUCAUCGGUCGGAACGCUCCUCCACUUCAAAAGGUUCACGAAUCCCGUAACGGACCUAGAAACGCCCCUUGGGCCCAGCGUCUUGAUCUAGGAUGGGUCAUCAUCGGCCACGCUUGCCUGGACGGAGCUCACACACCGAAGCCUUCCUGUUACAAAACAAACGUUCUCGAAAGCGGCCGACCAUCAAUCUUAUCACCCUGCCCUAAUCGUUUCCACAUCAAGGAAUACACGUCCACCGCUUCUGCCGUCCCCUGCGACGGAAACAACGACCAAAGGAAAGAGACAUUCGAAAACGGAAACUUUGACGAUGGCCUAGCAGCCAAAGUGUUCGCAAGUUCGAAGGACGACAACAAACCUGGUCCCUCCGUGGAAGACAGGAGAUUUGUCAACAUAAUGGAACAUCAAAUGGUCAAAAACGAAGCAGGGAACUGGGAGGCGCCACUUCCAUUUCGCAACCCGAUAUCAAGACUACCAGACAACCGCGAAGACACUCGUAAGCGUUUUAACUCCACAAGGCGGACUCUCGAAAGGAAACCGGAAAUGAAAAGAGACUAUUUUGAGUUUAUGCAAAAGCUCUUCGACAAUGGUCAUGCGGAGCCCGUUCCCGAGAGUGACAUAGCUUCAAAAGGACCACGGUGGUACCUUCCCCACUUCGGCGUCUACCACCCCCGAAAGCCUGAUAAAAUACGGGUAGUUUUCGAUUCAGCAGCCGAAACCAACGGAGUGUCACUAAAUAAGCUACUUCUCUCUGGCCCAGACGUGACGAACAGUCUCGUAGGUAUUCUCUUGCGCUUUCGCUGCAACACCAUCGCGUUCAUGACGGACAUCGAACAAAUGUUCCUCUCCUUUCUGGUUCGUCAAGACCAUCGAGAUUAUCUUCGCUUUUUCUGGCAUAAAGACAACAACCCCGAAGAAGAAGUGAUCGAAUACCGUAUGAAGGUGCACUUGUUCGGUAACACUUCCUCGCCAGCUAUUGCAACAUGCGCUCUUAGAAAGACAGAUCUCGUAGGAGAACCCAAGUACGGACCGGACGCAAGAGAGUUCGUAGAGAAGACUUUUACGUAGACGACGGCCUAAAGUCCGUUCCCGAUCGCGAGGGAGCCGUCGACCUGUUACGCAGAACCAAAACCAUGUUAGCCGACGCCAAUCUGCGCCUCCACAAAAUCGCGUCCAACGACCCUACGGUAACACAGGCCUUUCCCGUCGAAGACCGAACUUCCGACCUACGCAAUCUGGACCUUAUCGUAGUACCGAUUCAGCGCUCGUUGGGUGUAUUUUGGGACCUACAAGCAGACGCCUUUACCUUUCAGGUCGUCGACGGAGCCAAACCCUUUACAAGACGUGGCGUUCUCUCUGUCACCAACAGCCUUUAUGAUCGUCUCGGAAUCGCUGCCCCGGUCGUCAUCAAAGCCCAAAUCCUGCUGCGAGCUAUGACAACAAGCAUGAAACGCCACCCACUUGACGACUGGGACCAACCGCUACCUGAGCAAUAUAAAGCAUCCUGGGAAGCUUGGUGCAAAUCGCUCUCAGACCUAACCGAAGUCAGAGUCCCACGUACCUACGCAAGCUUGUCACUGUCUGAAGCAAGCCGUGUAGAAAUCCACACAUUUUGCGACGCCUCCACCGAAGCCAUUGCUGCUGUCUCAUACAUCAAAGUCGUCCUGAAAGACGGUCAAGCCCAAGUAUCAUUCGUGUUCGGCAAAGCUAAGCUGGCUCCGUCACACGCCACAACGAUUCCCCGUUUAGAGCUUUGUGCUGCAGUGCUCGGCGUAGAAAUUACGGAGCUGGUUAUCGAAGAGUUAGCAGUAAAACCACACUCCGUAACCUAUUACACGGACAGUAAAGUUACACUAGGAUACAUUCUUAACGAAACGCGCCGGUUCUAUGCGCGUACAAAGAAUACGAAGGUCGUCGUCACCAGAUCAGUGGAGAUACGUGGCAACUGACCUCAACCCAGCAGAUCUAGCUACUCGAUCGGUGAAAGCCUGCGACCUCAAAGACUCGUCUUGGUUGGCCGGCCCGAAGUUCCUCCAAAGCACAAGUUCCCUCGACGUUCCACCGGAGACCGAGACCUUCCAACCCCCACAAGAAGACCCAGAACUUCGUCCCGAAAUCACAACCCUCGCCACGAACGCAAAGCCCGGAGUUCAGAAAAACCUUGGAACUGAUCGCUUCCUACGCUUCUCGCGGUGGGCAAACUUAGUGAACGCAGUAUCGAAACUAAUGAUGGUCGCUCAGCAUCACCACCAUGACAAAGCGUCAGUCGGCAACGAAACUACGGUAAUCCAGGCACGAAAACGCGCACAGUUGUUGAUCGUAAGGAACCUACAGAUCGAAGCGUUUGAGGAAGAAUUCGAUUCCUUAGAAAAGAAAAAGGGACUGUUAAAAACAUCACCACUGUUAAAACUUAACCCAAUAAUCGACUCCGACGGUCUCUUACGCAUUGGUGGGCGUCUUAAACGAGCUGACCUUCCGUACGAAGAACGUCACCCCCUCAUUCUACCCGGGGAACACCACGUGACAAGUCUAAUCGUUAAGAACUGCCACGAAGAAGCGAAACACCAGGGUCGUCAUUUCACCCACGGCACGGUCAGAUCAAAAGGAUUCUGGAUCGUCGGCGGAAAACGCCUCGUCAAUCGCGUUAUCCAUCAGUGCCUGAAAUGUAAGAAACUCCGAGGCAAGCUUCAUCAGCAGAAGAUGGCAGACCUCCCAUCAGAACGCAUCACUCCAUCACCUCCUUUCACCUUCGUCGGACUGGACAUUUUCGGUCCAUGGGAAGUCACAGCUCGUCGUACCAGAGGAGGACACGCUUACAGUAAACGAUGGGCAGUAAUCUUUACUUGCCUUUCAACGAGAGCUAUUCAUAUCAAAUUAAUCGAGUAUGGACGCUUCUAG